GGUCAGAUCCUGACGUUGGGUGGCUCUAUAAAAGCGGUGCGACUCGAGGAUUUCCCGCAGUUACUACAUCGACUCUUCGCCGUCGAGAACAGUAACGCUGUAGUAGAACAUUAUCUCCUUUCCAGAUCAUUCCUAAAUAGGCAUAUAGGAAAAUGCGCGAGUGUAUUUCCAUUCAUGUGGGUCAAGCUGGCGUCCAGAUUGGCAAUGCCUGCUGGGAACUUUACUGUCUCGAGCAUGGGAUUCAGCCGGAUGGACAGAUGCCCAGUGAUAAGACAAUCGGUGGAGGGGACGACUCCUUCAACACUUUCUUCAGCGAGACAGGAGCUGGCAAGCAUGUACCCAGAGCAGUGUUUGUAGAUCUGGAGCCCACUGUGAUAGAUGAGGUCCGCACUGGAACUUACCGUCAGCUUUUCCACCCCGAGCAGCUGAUCACUGGAAAGGAAGACGCAGCGAACAACUAUGCUCGUGGCCAUUACACUAUUGGCAAAGAGAUCAUUGAUCUUGUUCUUGACAGGAUUCGCAAACUGGCUGAUCAGUGCACUGGACUUCAGGGCUUCUUGGUGUUUCACAGCUUUGGAGGAGGAACUGGUUCUGGUUUCACCUCUUUGCUGAUGGAGCGUCUUUCUGUUGAUUACGGAAAGAAAUCCAAGCUCGAGUUCUCCAUCUAUCCAGCUCCACAGGUCUCUACUGCUGUGGUGGAGCCCUACAACUCCAUUCUUACCACCCACACCACCCUAGAGCACUCAGAUUGUGCUUUCAUGGUCGACAACGAGGCCAUCUAUGACAUCUGCCGUAGAAACCUUGAUAUCGAGCGUCCCACCUACACCAACCUCAAUAGGUUAAUCAGCCAGAUUGUGUCCUCCAUUACUGCCUCUCUCAGAUUCGACGGCGCCCUGAAUGUUGAUCUUACAGAGUUUCAGACCAACUUGGUGCCGUAUCCACGUAUCCAUUUCCCUUUGGCAACUUAUGCUCCUGUGAUCUCUGCUGAGAAAGCUUACCAUGAGCAGCUCUCAGUGGCUGAGAUCACUAAUGCAUGCUUUGAACCAUCGAAUCAGAUGGUCAAAUGUGACCCACGUCACGGGAAGUACAUGGCCUGUUGCCUGUUGUACCGUGGUGAUGUUGUGCCUAAAGACGUCAAUGCUGCUAUUGCCACCAUCAAGACCAAGCGCAGCAUCCAGUUUGUGGACUGGUGUCCCACUGGUUUCAAGGUUGGCAUCAACUACCAGCCUCCUACUGUUGUACCUGGUGGUGAUUUGGCGAAGGUGCAGCGAGCCGUGUGCAUGCUGAGCAACACCACUGCUAUCGCUGAGGCUUGGGCCAGGCUUGAUCAUAAGUUCGAUCUGAUGUACGCUAAGCGUGCCUUUGUGCACUGGUACGUAGGUGAAGGUAUGGAGGAGGGCGAGUUCUCUGAGGCUAGAGAAGACAUGGCAGCUCUGGAGAAAGAUUAUGAGGAGGUGGGAGUAGAUUCAGUCGAGGGAGAAGGAGAAGAGGAAGGUGAGGAAUAUUAGGAUCACUUUUACCAAUUUAUUUAUCAGUUCUAGUCACAAAUGUAAAAUUGAGGCUUUAGAGGGGACACAUAUCAAGUGAGCAUUCGGUUUGUCUAUUGCAGUUUAGGAAAUAUGUGUAGUAAACAUUUGUUCUUUACAAUAUGUUAACCACAUAGUUGAUGCUGCAAUGAUCAAUUUAGAUUUUUAAGGCAUAUUUUACAGUUUGAACGGUGUAUAAAUCAAAUAAAAUGAUGCACUGAUCUUA